AUGUCAUCAUCUGAUGAUCUACAGAAGUAUGUUGGACAAAAUGUUCGUAAUGUGCAAAAAGAAUUAGAAAAUAAAGGCUGUGAAGUUCAUCUAGUUUGUACAGGCCGCUUUGCAACAGGUUUUGUACCACCAAAAAACCUCGUCGCUGGAGAGCCUGAAUCUGAACAAAAGAAGCGUGUCGUUAUUUCAUAUAAUGGCGAUGAUCCAGACGAAAAAAUUACUUACAUUAGUCGCGACGACUAG